UUACUGUGGAAUGAUACAGGUUCCUUGAGUCUUAUAUAGGGCGAAUUUCUCUUGUGGAAACCCGUUGGUUUAAGAAGGCCUAACAUUACUAAGGAAUCACGGUGACUUCUCUCAUAUCUUUCUUGAGUUGUGAUUUCGUCUUCGAAUGGUUAACGCACGGGGAGUUACUGUGUAAAGAUCUGAUGUCGUGGAAUACUUACGUACGGGCCUUCGAUUUUUGUGCGUGACGUCAGCAUUGGAUUCAAUAUCUUUCAUUUGAAUAUGGAAUUGGGGCUCCAAGUGAUUCGGGAUUAUUAAGAAAUACUUCAGUAAAGAUAAUUUGGCGGCACCCACCAUGGAUAAACCAGGUGAAUCGCCUGAGCGCACCCCAUUGCUCCAACAACAGAAAGCACGAGCAGCCGAACAAAAGACGAUAUUAGCCGAAGAGAAGCCGAAGACUGCCGGGAUGGUGGUGGAAAACGGACAUACGAAAGGCCUCGACGACGACGGCACUGAGGUCGCGUUCAAGAAUGGGAACUACGGUGCAACCAAUGGAAAGGACACCGCCAACGGAACCAUCAAGGGAGAGGAAAAGAGUGAUGAGAAGGAAAACGAGAAAGAGGAAGAGAAGCCACAGGUCCCUUUCACGAGAUUGUUUCGCUAUGCUACGGGUCUCGACGGCCUCUUCAUGUUUAUCGGCUGUUUUGCCGCGGUCUGCCACGGCUGUGCCUGGCCGGCGCUCAACAUCGUCUUCGGCGGUCUCAUCGACGAGUUCGUUGAUUUCGACAAGUUGAAUACCACGAACACCACGGAUUUCACGGCUACUUUACCGCCGGGUUUGGAUCCGGCCAAAGAGUUUGAUAACCAGAUGCAAAUGUACGCCGUCAUAUUCACCUACAUUGGCAUAGGUGUCAUGGUGAUGGCAUACCUGCAGUCAUCGAUGUGGACUCUUGCCGGCGAGAGGCAGAUCUAUAAGAUUCGUCAGGCCUUCUUCAACGCCAUCUUGCAUCAGGAAAUCCAAUGGUUCGAUGUUCACAAGAGUGGUGAACUCACGUCCAGGUUGGCCGACGACAUGGAGAGAGUGAAAGAUGGACUCGGAGACAAGAUCGCUCUCUGCCUGCAAUCUCUCUCUCUAUUCUUGGCUGGUUUUGGUAUAGCCUUUUGGAAGAGUUGGGAAUUGACCCUCGUUCUUCUAUCCACGACCCCUCUACUAGCAGCAGCUGGGGGCUUCAUGGCUUAUUUUCUGACAUCCUUCGCAAAGCUAGAGCAGGAGUCGUACGCCCAAGCCGGGAGUGUCGCGGAGGAGGUUUUGUCUUGCAUCAGGACUGUCAUAGCAUUUGGAGGAGAACAGAAGGAGGUCACUAGGUACGAGAAGGAGCUGAAAGAAGCCAGAGAUGUGGGCGUGAAGAAGGGCGUGACUUCGGGCGUCGGCAUGGGUAUCACCAUGUUCAUCAUGUUCGGGUCCUAUGCACUUGCUUUCUGGUAUGGGCCUAAACUCGUUGCCGAUGGGCGUAUAACUGGUGGUGACGUCAUGAUCGUAUUCUUCAGCGUCAUGAUCGGUUCGUUCUCCAUCGGCAACAUCUCGCCUUCCAUGACAGCAAUCACGGCAGCAAGGGGCGCGGCAGUGACCCUCUUCGACGUCAUCGAUGCUAGGCCAGCUAUCGAUACUCGCUCCAAGAAGGGGAUCGUACCGGCAGAGAUGACGGGGAACAUAGACUUCCAAGGGGUGGAAUUCUCUUACCCCACCCGGGACGAUGUACCGGUGUUGAAAGGUGUAGACCUGAGCAUUAGGAAGGGGCAAACAGUGGCCUUGGUGGGGUCCAGUGGAUGUGGCAAGUCGACCACUAUCAACCUGCUCCUACGAUUCUAUGAAAAGUUGGGUGGCAAUAUCCUAAUCGACGGGCAUAAGAUUGAAGAGCUGAACCUCCACUGGUUGAGGAGACACAUGGGUGUGGUCAGCCAGGAGCCGGUCCUCUUCAACUGUUCCAUAGAAACCAACAUCUCUUACGGAAGAGACGGUGUCACCAAGGAGGAAAUCAUCAAGGCUGCCAAGAUGGCCAACGCCCAUGACUUCAUCUCAAAACUACCCAAGGGUUAUGAUACGAUGGUUGGUGAGCGUGGAGCCCAGCUGUCCGGUGGUCAGAAGCAGAGAGUAGCCAUCGCCAGAGCUCUGGUCAGAAACCCACCUAUCCUUCUACUGGACGAAGCCACCUCAGCCCUGGACCGAGAGAGUGAGAAGGUCGUACAACAAGCUCUGGAUAAGGCUUCGGAAGGUCGCACAACCCUCGUGAUUGCUCACCGCUUGACUACCAUCAGGAAUGCUGACGUCAUCUACGCCUUCGAAGACGGGCGGGUCGUCGAGUUUGGUGAUCACGCUGAGCUGAUGAAGAGAGACGGGGUCUACAAGCAGCUUGUGACCCUGCAGACUCUUGAUGGUGCUGGUGAGGAAUCAACAUCAACUUCAAAAGAAGUUGUUCGAAAAGAAUCCAUCAAACGACUACCAUCUCGUCAAAUGUCUCGUCAGAUCUCACGACAAAUGUCCAACGGCAGUGGCAAAAUGGAAGAAAGUGUUGAGGUAAAGGAAGAAGUUGAGGAGGAGGAGGUGGAGGAGAGAGGUUAUCUUGAAAUCUUGAAGAUGAAUAAACCGGAGUGGCUUUACAUCGUUGUCGGCUGCGUUUUUGCUGGAAUCCUUGGAGUCGCCAUGCCUGCUUUCGCUAUUCUUUUCAGCGAGGUCAUCGCGAUCUUCAGUUUGCCCGCUGACGAAUUGAGAGAGGAAUCUGUUUUCUGGGCCCUGAUGUUCCUGGCCCUCGGAGGAGCAUUCUUUGUGAGUAACAGCGUCACCGGUUACUGCUUUUCGAUCUCUGGAGAGGAGUUGACCCUGAGGCUUCGCAAGAAAGCGUUCUGGACCAUCCUCCGUCAGGACUGUGCAUAUUUUGACCAACCAAGUCACAGUACUGGUGCCCUUGCUACAAGGCUAUCAUCAGACGCAUCAAAUGUCAAAGGGGCCACCGGAAUGCGCAUCAGCACCAUCGUGCAGGCUAUCGUAACCAUGGUCGUCGCUAUCACCAUUGGCUUCGUCUUCGGCUGGAAGUUGGCUCUCCUCAUCUUCGGUUGCCUCCCGGUCCUGGCCCUCUCCGGUGCUCUUGAGAUGAAGAUCCUCCAGGGUGGGCAUGAGAAAGACGCCGCCCUCAUCGAGGAAGCCGGCAAGAUUGCCGCCGAAGCAAUUGAGAACGUUCGUACUGUAGCCUCUCUCAACCUUGAGGAUAGGAUGAUUGCGAAUUAUACUGAGCAGCUGCAAAACCCCUACAGGCAAGGAAAGAUUAACAGCCAGAUUAAUGGUCUGGCCUUUGCUGUCUCCCAGGCGAUGAUCUUCUUCAUCUAUGCAGCAUCCUUCCGUCUGGGAGGAUACUUGGUAUCCAUUGGUGAUAUGACAGUAGAUGAGGUCUUCAAAGUUGUCUUUGGGGUUGCUUUUGCCGGCAUCUCGGUCGGUCAGUCACUGGCUUUCCUCCCAGACUACGCCAAAGCUCGCCACUCAGCAGAUCUUAUGCUCCACCUGUUCAGCAUCAAGCCGCUCAUUGAUAAUUAUUCCACGGAUGGUGCUCAACCGCAAAAGGUGGAUGGUAAGAUCGAGUACAGUGGUCUCAAGUUCUCCUACCCAACUCGACCUGACGUCACCGUCUUGAAAGGGCUGAGUCUCACCAUCAAACCAGGCCAGACCGUAGCCCUGGUAGGAGAGAGUGGGUGUGGUAAGAGUACUCUGGUGUCACUCCUAGAAAGAUUCUAUGAUCCUGCACAAGGUUCUGUGGCUCUCGAUGGGACGCCUGUAAAAGACAUCAACAUCCAGUGGCUGCGAGCAAACAUGGCGAUUGUGAGCCAAGAACCAAUCCUCUUUGCAUGUUCUAUCGGAGACAACAUCCAAUAUGGUGUCGAAACGCCAAUGGAACAAGCGGCUAUUGAGAAUGUCGCCAAGAUGGCCAACAUUCAUGAUUUCAUCGCUUCUCUUCCUCUUGGAUAUGAUACUCUUGUAGGAGAGAAAGGAGCCCAGCUGUCCGGUGGUCAGAAGCAGAGAGUAGCCAUCGCCAGAGCUAUGGCUAGAAAUCCUCGUAUCCUACUCCUGGAUGAAGCUACCUCAGCACUUGAUACAGAGAGCGAAAAGGUUGUCCAGGCAGCCCUUGACAAUGCCAUGCAGGGCCGAACAUCCAUCGUCAUCGCCCACCGUCUCUCCACCAUCCAGAACGCUGACACCAUUGCUGUAAUCAGAGAGGGAGUGGUCGUCGAGAGCGGUAGCCACCAGGAACUUCUCCAAAGCAAGGGACACUACUUUACGUUGACCGGUGGCAAGAUUGAUGUGGAAUCCGAAUAGACGGAGAAAAGCAGAGAUUGUCUUUCCGAAACUAAUACAGAUUCAAACCAGGAGUCUUGAAAUGCUGACCAAAUACCUCUCAGUAGGUGCUGGUUGCAGAAGUUGUGUUAAAUGAUCAAAUCGUAGAGCCAGAUAUGGAACGAUUGAUUUGGUCAAAUUCCAAAAAAACUAUUGAAUGGCCAAACGUGUAAAUCAGGAGCGUUUUUGUAUUCUUACUAAAGUUUAUAAACAUUAUCUUGUAUAUUUAUCAUUCUAAGAGAUAGUGGAAUCAUAACCAUUGUAGCACUGAUUGUAUUUGUUGUGAGCCUGUCGUUAUAGAACACUGAGGUGCCUAAAAUAGGUUUUGCUAUUCUAAUCAACCCCUCGUUGGGGGAUCCGCCUGACAAAUUUCAUACCAUUUUAUACAUUCUCUGACCCUUUUCUCUCGAGUCUUGUCCAUCUUUCUUGUCUUGCACAUCUUUUGACUUGUUAACAACGGUUACAACAAUUGACGGUUAUAACAAUUGACUUCUGUUUCGAUGUCACAAAUGCUUUCGUGAACUUGUACAUCUAUGCAUCGAGACGAAAAUGGAGGAUUCUUAUGCAUAAACAAAUAGGAUACUGCUUUCUCUUUUCUUUAUUCUUUGUACGCUUGCAAUCAGGUGAAUUUUAGUAAGAGGAACUUCAAAGUUUAAACGGGCCUCUACUUUACUUUCUCUACCUCUUUCUGUGAAUGAUGUAAUGUAACCUAAUGCAUACCAAAGUAUUUUCGAGGUUAGUAUCUGGAAAUAACAGUGCCUUAUGAUAUUGUUUAUUUCAUUUUGUUGCGACUGAACUGUACGUGUGUGUCACCGUAAGUGCAUGACGGGAUAAAUGGUAAAUGAUAACUCCCCCACACAUGCACUAACACAUCAACAAUAUUUGUUGUCGCAGAAACAUUAACUACCGGCUCUUUUGUGAUAUUUUAUUCAUGGUAUCUUGUAAAGAUAAAACUGACAAUGACAACCUCAUUAUGGAAUGGAACAAAAGUCAUAUUGUGUUUAAUGGUAGUUAAUGCAGAUAUCUUUGAGAAGUGUUUUUUAAAGACUGGUGCAACGAUGCAUUUUUCUCUUCUUAACUUGAGAUUACUUUUGCCGAGUUAAAUUGCCUCUACCGUGUGAAUCAAAAAAAAGUUUACACCUAGAAAAUUGCUAAUUAUUUGUAAAAUCAUCUAUGAACAGUAAAUUAUGAUACAUCUUAUGAAAGAGUGUUUAAUCCCAAAUCAUUUGGUACCAUUUUUGUGUGAUAUUCCACCUGUUCAUCCAAGCGUGAACAAAUACCACACAAAAAUGGUACCAAAUGAUUUGGGAUAAAACACUCGUUCAUAAGACACAGUUUAAUGUUCAUCAAUGAUUUUUUAAAUAAUUAGCAAUUUUCUAGGUGUAAACUUUUUUUUGACUCACUCUCUAUUCCACACGUGUUUACUUAAUAUUUUUGGGUGUGCAUCGUAGCAUAACCUUGUCAAUUUGGUACCAAAGUCGGAUUUUCCCAUUUUUUGUGUAUAUAUAUAUGAUACAUGUAGUACCCAUGUAAAUAUUUAAAUUAUUCAUAGAAUUGAUGGAAUUCAAAUCAGCUUUGAGUCGAUAUGAUAAAAAGUGUGUCGCUUUUCCAAAUGAUGUCAUGAAAAAUUUGUAUAAUUUUCACGGCAAAAUAUGAAUAGCUUUUUUUUUCGGGGCUCAUGUUGGCAAUUUUGGUGGCAUUAAUCCUAUGUUUUUCAUUAUUAAAAAGAGUUCAUUAUUAAGCAUGUUAUCUUAAUCAUCAGUUGUAUUUUAUACUUAAUUAAAGAUAUUAUCUUUUACAGAAAGUGUUUAUGCAUAUAUGGCACAUAAUGAUCUUUUAUUGAUAGCGAUAGAGAUGUAUUAAUCAAUAGUGAAAUUGGUGAUUUGGUUUCUUCAAUACCACCUGUAGCCUUUAGCAAAUUAUGUUUGCAUUUGAUAAAAAAUAUAUAAUAGUUUUGUUUUACUGAACAUGUUCACAUUUCGAUGUAACAGAAUGCAGGAUACAUUUAGUUUUACGUUCACAUCAACAUUAUCAUUUUAUCUCUAUAAUCAUAUACAUUUUAUUGUAAGAUAUACAUUUUUGUUAUCAUGACAUUUCCUAUAUUUGUAUAAUAUAUGCAGGGGCAUUCCUAGCCCAUCUUAAAAAGAAAGUAUCACUUUUCUUUGUUUAUCAGCAAGGUGGUGGGGAAAGGUUGUUACCCACAAAAUCCCCUCUAAUUGCACUAAAUCUUGCGUCUCACCAUUAUAUCCCAAGUCUCAAGGAUGGCUUAAGGAUUCUUGAUAAAAAAAAGGGGGAGCGCACGGGUCAGAACAUGAAUUGACUACCAAAGAAGAAAUGGUUAUCAGAUUUGUAGGAUCGAAGUUUAAGAGCCCUCUGGGGCAAAAAAAUGAUGGCAGGGAGGCGCAUUUCUCAUUUAAGAAAUUUUGGUACGCCUCCUACUGUUCUUCACGCCGUAACAAGACAGAAACCCGCCCUCUGCUUCCCCUAACGAUAAUCCUGCACCUCUCCUGACCUUUUAAAUGUGUGUUUCAUAUUCCAGUCUUUUGCUUUCAUGCAAUAAGUAGUCACCUAUUAUUGUAUUCAUCACCCCAUAGUAAAAUGAAGUAUUCAUAUAUAUAUAUAUAUUUUGUUUACCUGUUGUAGAUCACAUUUUAUGUGAACAGUCGAUAGUACCGGUCAAAUAAAGUAUACUACUUUUAACACAAA